AUGGGCAAGACAUCUAAAGAUAAAAGGGAUGUAUAUUAUAGAUUAGCUAAAGAGGAAGGUUGGAGAGCUCGGAGUGCUUUUAAAUUGUUGCAAAUAAAUGAAGAAUAUAACAUUUUUGAUGGUGUUUUAAGAGCAGUAGACCUAUGUGCUGCUCCAGGUAGCUGGAGCCAGGUUUUAACAAAAAAACUAAGAAAAAAUACAGAAAAUGCUGACAAUGUGAAAAUAGUAGCAGUUGAUUUACAAGCUAUGGCUUCCCUGCCUGGAGUAAAGCAAAUACAAGGAGAUAUCACUAAAAUAUCUACAGCUAAUGAAAUAAUUAAAGAAUUUGAAGGCUUAAAGGCAGACCUAGUUGUAUGUGAUGGGGCACCUGAUGUCACAGGCUUACAUGAUAUUGAUGAAUAUGUACAGUCACAGCUCCUUCUUGCAGCUCUAAAUAUAACUACACAUGUUUUAAAAGAAGGGGGUGUGUUUGUAGCAAAAAUUUUUAGAGGAAAAGAUGUUACAUUAUUGUAUUCACAGUUAAAACUCUUUUUUGAAUUUGUAACAGUUUCUAAGCCACGGAGCUCUAGAAAUUCUAGUAUCGAGGCAUUUGUUAUUUGCCAGAAUUACAAAACACCUCCCGGAUAUACACCAACUAUGGUCAAUCCCCUUUUAGACCAUAAAUACUGUGAUUUUAAUCAAUUUACUGGAUCAAAUAGAAUUAUUGUGCCGUUUAAUGCUUGUGGUGACCUGAGUGCUUAUGAUUCAGAUACAUCUUAUCCGUUGCUAUUAGAAGGCCAGAAUUCUUAUGAAUAUAAAGAACCAGUACAGGCACCUAUUAAUCCUCCAUACAAGGAAAUAUUAGACAAAACAAAAUCAAUGCAGAUAAAUAAUAUA